AUGCAGCAGAUACUCGACGUACGUACUCACUCACUCGCACUGACACUCGCCCGCCUCAACGCCGCCACCGCCAUGCAGCAGAUACUCGACGUACGUACUCACUCACUCGCACUGACACUCGCCCGCCUCAACGCCGCCACCGCCAUGCAGCAGAUACUCGACGUACGUACUCACUCGCUCACUCGCACUGACACUCGCCCGCCUCAACGCCGCCACCGCCAUGCAGCAGAUACUCGACGUACGUACUCACUCGCUCACUCGCACUGA